AUGAACGAAGGUCUUACAGGUUUUCGAACCACACGAGGAUAUGAACAAUGUGGGUCUGGUGAGAGAUAUGAAAGCGGAAAUGUUCAUAGCUUUUUUCAUUUGAAAAGAAAUGAAGGGUGGAGAAUGCAAGCAGAAGAGGAGCCUUUCACCGAAGAGGACCUCGAGCUUAUUAAAGAGAGAGAGACCAAUAUCCGUCAGCUGGAGUCAGACAUUAUGGAUGUGAAUCAGAUCUUCAAGGAUCUUGCAGUCAUGAUCCAUGACCAGGGUGACAUGAUAGAUAGCAUUGAAGCCAGCGUGGAGGGUGCAGAGGUGCAUGUGGAGCGAGGAGCUGAACAACUCCAGCAGGCGGCUUAUUAUCAGAGAAAAUCCCGCAAGAGGAUGUGUGUUCUGGCUCUUAUCCUGUCGCUAGUGGCGACCAUCUUUGCUAUAAUCGUUUGGCAAGUAGUCAGAUAAAAUGAGAGCAGAAGUACUGGAUGCUACUUCAGUGUUGAGUGAGUGACGUGUGUGUGUUUAUUGUGUGUGCAAAUGCAAGCACUACAAAAAAAACUACAAUUUCUGUAGGAAUGGCUGGUGAUAUUGUGAUGUGAACCUAGGGACUCUUAAAGGGGUCAUGUGAUGCUGCUAAAAAGAACAUUAUUUUGUGUAUUU